AGUAUCAGGUUUUAUCGACUUAUAUACCUUAAUGCAAAGUCAUCCCACAUUAAAAGAUAAAGUGGUUCACGAAUACAAAAAUGGCAUUAGCUCCGUCGUCUCAAAUAACGAGAGCAACCAAGUAAAUCUACUGUGCGUUUGGGGAGUUGUUGAGUCUGCAUCUAAAACAGUUGACAAUCUCAAACACUAUGUGGCGUCUGCUAAUGUUUUGAAUACCACCUGCUGUUGCUGACAUGGUGAACAUGAUGAGAUAAAAUAAGUGCUUGGGCCGAACGGAUGAAAAGGGUCAUUCAUCUACUUUGUGGAAGAAUGGAAAUAGAUCCCAUAGAUGUGAGGGGAAAGCAUAUUGUUUGACAGUAUGGAUGAAGUGUGGUCGAGAAAUGAGAAACGUAGAUGGCUGCUCACAUUAUUUUUGGGGACCUCAGCUCUUUAUGCAAGCAGGACUUCUGUCCCCCUUGCUAUACCAGAAAUUACCAAGGAACGUGGCUGGAGCAAAAAAGACUCAGGGAUGAUACUGUCGAGCUUUUUUUGGGGAUACACUCUGACUCAGGUGUUUGGUGGUUAUUUGAGUGAUAGAAUUGGAGGACAAAAAGUAAUAUUAAUUGCUGGGAUUGGAUGGUGCAUUGUUACUUUUUUCAUGCCUCAAAUGAUAUGGCUGUUUUCAGAUACCAGUAUUUCUGUCAAUUUUAUUGUAUUCAUAAGAGUUUUGCAUGGAGCAUUUCAAGGUGUCCAUUUUCCCAGCAUGAGCAGCUUAACUGCACAGAAAAUUACAGAGAAGGAGAGAGCCUCAUUUUUUAGUAUCUUAACAUCAGGGUCUGCUGUUGGCACUCUGUUCACUGGUGUUGUGGGAUCAAAUGUGUUGGAAUAUUAUGGAUGGCCAUUUGUGUUCUACUGCAUUGGUUCCCUUGUUUUAUUAUGGAUACUUCUACUAAAUUUCUAUGCCCUGUCCCUAAACAGAAGAAAAAAUAACCUGUAUUUGCCUUCAAAGCCACACCCACCUCUUUAUAUCAAAGAAAGCUUGCCAGUACCAUGGAUGAGACUUUUUACAAAUCUUUCUUUCUGGUCUUGUGUGCUUGGACAUACAUGCCAGAACAAUUGUUUUUUUCUUUUAUUAUCAUGGCUGCCAACAUAUUUUCAUGAUAUGUACCCUGAUGCUAAGGGCUGGAUUGUAAAUAUGGUACCAUGGCUGUUCUGUAUACCUUGUACAUUUUUUGGUAGCUGGAUGUCUGAGAAACUUAUAAGCAAUGGCUAUGGUAUUACAGCUACAAGAAAAAUUACUGAAGUAUUUUGCUUGGGUUUGCAAGCCAUUGGAUUGGUGCUAAUACCUCUAGCAGCAAAUUACAAAUGGGCACUUGUUUGGGUGUCUCUUGCAAUAGGUUCAACUGGUUUCCACAACAAUGCGAUACUGGUAAAUCCUCAAGAUCUUGCUCCAAAACAUUCUGGUAGUGUUUUUGGAUUGAUGAACACUGUUGGAGCUAUACCAGGUUUCUUAGGAGUAUACCUAGCUGGGUAUGUGCUGGAGACAACAAAGAGUUGGGAAGCGGUGUUCCAGACAACUGCUGCAAUAAAUUUAAUUGGUUGUGUUAUGUACGUAAUAUUUGGAAGUGGAGAUUCCAUUGUGUGAUGUUGCCAGAAGCUUUUAAUGAACAAAGUAUUCAAUAUUGUAACACUAAUACAAACCAGAAGAAAUAGAACUCAUGGUCCAGUCUCUGUGCCAUUCAUUCAAAUUUUAUGUCAGUUGAAUGGGUUUCACAGACUUCUCCACUUCAGGAAGUGUAUGACUGGCAUGCAGAUUAUAAAUGGAAAGUUAAUUGGACAAGCAAAUCAGACUAUAAGUAUUCACUAAGACUUAAAUGGUACUAUAAUUGUUAGGUAGGCUCAGAGACUGAACUCUUAAAGUUUGGGUGUCAACAGAUGAGAGAAGGACCUAAGGAAGUCAAUGCCUACUUGUCUACAUUUUCUGGUGCUCCCAAGUACUGUAUGUAGAUUUAUGAUUGUGUGCUUGGCUUCAGACUGCCAGAAAGUAAUCAUGGUACUCAAUCUCUCAAACUUCAGUUGCUGACAGACAAAAAUUUCAAAUGGGCCUACUGUCUAGACCAGAGCUGAGGACGUGAGCUGCCCGCGGGCUUUUGUAUCACCUUUUGUCUUGUGGGCAUGAUGCAUGUGCAAAGAUCUCUUACUCAUGAACAGGACUGCCAAUAAUACACAAUUGACAGCUCGAGUUUGUAUUGACAUUACUAUUCUUUGCAUUGUCAUAAUUAUCACAGUAUGACAAUGUAAUGAAUACUUACAAGCCAAUAUAACAUGUACAUAGUACUUUCAGAAGUGUUGCCUUAAAAACCAAUCUUCUGUUAUAGAAAAGUGCCAUGGAAUGAAAAAGUAAUAAUAGUUACUUUGUAACAAUUCUGUCACAGAGAAAAGCAAAUGAAUUUAUGCAAGUGUGCAGGCAUUUUUGUCUCUUAAGACUUUGGAUGUUUUCAUGCUAGUUGGGAGGGGAAAAAAGGAAGAAAAUGUUCAAAAACAACAUUGACACCACUAGCCUACUUUACAAAAAUAUGGCACAUCGCCAUAAUCAGACCCCAGCUCUGCCAGGAAGGAUUUAAAACUGCUGAUGCCCUAAACCAUGCUAUUUCAAUUUAUCAACUGUUUGUACAACAAUGUCCAUGACAUGACUUAUUUCGGCACAUUUUGCCAGCAGAUCAGCGUGAGUUGGGAUGCUUUGUAUUGUUGCUGGUAUUUUCUGCUAGAUACCAACUUCUUUCACCAGUUUGUUAUUAAAGCAACUACACCAGACUUUUGACCACUCGUUGCAGGAGCUCCACCUGUUGCAAUCAACAAAGAUUUCCUCUACAGGAGUCCUAUUUGUCAUCAAGGUUUCCUAAGUAAAAAAGUAUGUCAUCACCCUUGGUUGUAUCAUGCAUUGGCACUAAAUCAAGGAGUUCCCUCAUCAAGUUGAACUCAGUGUCAACACCUCGUACAAGUACUGCAAGCUGAGUGUCAUGUGUUACAUCUGUGAUUUCAUACAAAACCACAGAGAGAGAGAGAGAGAGAGAGAGAGAGAGAGAGAGAGAGAGAGGGGGG